AUGGCACAAGGUUGCAAAGAGCAAUGGAUAGAUGCAAUGAAAGUCGAGUAUGAAGCACUAAUGCAGAAUCAAACGUGGAUUAUGACAGAAUUACCAGCAGGAAGAAAAGCGUUACGAAAUAAAUGGGUGUACAAAAUCAAGAUAAAUUCGGAUGGUUCCAUUGAACGGUUUAAAGCAAGGCUGGUAAUUAAGGGCUGCUCUCAGAUUGAAGGUGUGGAUUAUACUGAGACAUACUCACCUGUCGUACGAUAUUCAACAAUUCGGUAUCUUAUGGCCAAGGCUGUGGAGUUGAACAUGUCAAUUCAUCAAAUGGACGCAGUUUCCGCGUUUUUGCAAGGUAAUUUAAGAGAUGAAGAGAUUUACAUGCAACAGCCUGAAGGUUUUGAGGAUGACACACAUCAACUAAACCCAGACGUUAGAGUUAACUUACGAGACCUAGGACAACAGCCCAUCUUGAUAUUUCAUCAUGGGAAGGCACGAAUUAGACUAGAAUAUAAAUACUACAUACACCAUUUCAACCUAACAGCAAUAAGAACACAAGUCAGAAGCCUCAAAGAUCAAGUUGAAAAUUUUAGUAAAAAUCUUUUUACAGAUUUGAUUAUAGAAAAAUUCAACGAAAUAGAUUUCGCCUUUAAAAGUCUGGAUCCACUUAAACGACAUAAACGAUGGGAUAGAUUAGGUUUCGCAUGGAAAUAUCUCGCAGGGAGUCCCGAUGCCAAUGACUUAAGAAUAAUUAACUCUUCCAUCAAUAACUUCAUCAUCAACAAUAACGAACAGAUUAAAAUCAAGCGGGAACUUAAUUUGCAAUUAAAAGAGGCUAUCUUCAAAACUAAAAAGGCCAUCAGCCUAUUCAACAUAGGGUCUAUAGAGAUGUAUUGCACAAAAAUACUGUUUCACCUAAAUUACUUAAAUGACAAAUUAAAUCAAAUUAUUGAAACCAUUACUUUAGCGAAAUUAGGGAUAGUAAAUGAGAGGGUUCUCAGUCAACGGGAAGUUGAAUUUUUAAUCUCAGAUUAAAACAGGGAAAACAUUACAGUUCACACAACCAUGGAAGCCAUCAGCGUCUCCAACAAGCUCGAGAUCGCACUCAUCAUCAAAAUGCUAAAGCUGGACCCAAGGAUCUUCAACAAGGUGCAAUUAUAUCCGAUUGUACAUGACCAGAAGCAGAUUCAUGUUCCCAAACCAUUUUACCUUAUCCACCAAGUGCUCAUCAAUUCUGUAACAAAUUUCACAUUAUCAUCAAAUUGUGGAAUAACCGAUAAAAAUCUAUCAGGAUCAUUUGUGAUACAUUUUAACAAUUGUCACUUGAGUAUCAACAAUGUUACAUAUUACAAGCGAACACAAAACUUGUCGGGCAACCCAAUCCAACUGCCUCUGGACGGCAUAGAAGUGAAGAAGCACCGAGAAAUUCUCAACAUCAGCCUAGAACAUCUUCACCAAUUACAUCUAGAUACUAGAAAACAACUGGACAUCAUUCGUCUCUCAGACAAAAGUAUUAGCUGGACAUAUUGGACGCUAUUUGGAGGAAUAUCUUUUUCUCCACUCAUAAUUGGAGCAUUUAUUCUGAGUUGUUUCAGGAGGAAAAUCAUUAAGGUAAAAUUCAACCACCAGCCAUUGGAGGUCAUGAAUGGAACAACAACAAGAAACCGACACAACCACCUCGGGGAACCUUCAUCAACAGCUCUGGAAAUUUCAAACGGUACAACCAACGCCGGAAUUGAGCAGUCAAACACGCCUUUAAUAAAGACCUGGUCAAAUUAUGUUGAAGUUCUGUUUUCCUGGCCGAAUUAUGUUGAAAAAAAAACAAAAGAGUUCUCGUUUACCUAA